CGUCACGUGACUGCGUGACAUCAGAGGGGCCUUUAGCUGGAUGGGAAGUAGUUGCUUCCAGUAACAGAUACUAACCGGGCCGGUGGCUGUUUGGAUCCGAUUGCUUUCUUGAACAACUAUGGGUCCUCGACGGAAAUCGGUAAAGCCGUGCAGAACCAGUAUGGAAGGUUCUGAACAUGACAAAGACAGUGAUCCUAAAGAUUAUAUGAACCAGCUGUCUCAUGAAGUCCUUUGUCACAUUUUUAAGUACCUCCCUCUGCAAGACAUCAUGUGCAUGGAAUGUCUCUCCCGCAAAUUAAAAGAAGCUGUAACACUGUAUUUACGUGUUGUGAAGAUGGUUGAUCUUUGUGCGGGACGUUGGUGGGAAUAUAUGCCAACAGGCUUCACUGAUUCCAGUUUUCUUAAGUUGCUAAAGAAGAUGCCUGAUAUCGAGCAGCUUUAUGGUCUUCAUCCGAGGUAUUUGGAAAGGCGGAGAGUUCGAGGCCAUGAGGCCUUUAGUAUCCCUGGUGUGCUAGAAGCUCUGCAAUCCUGUCCAAACCUCCUGGGUGUGGAGACUUCUCAUUUAGAACUUGUGGAAGCCAUAUGGACAUACAUGCCACAGGUGCAUAUUUUGGGAAAAUUUAGGAAUCGUAAUGGAGCCUUUCCAAUUCCACCAGAGAAUAAGCUGAAAAUUCCAAUUGCUGCCAAAAUCCAGACUUUGCACUUAGUGGGGGUGAAUGUUCCAGAAAUUCCCUGCAUUCCGAUGCUGCGUCAUCUAUAUUUAAAAUGGGUGCGUCUCACAAAGCCUCAGCCUUUUAAAGACUUCUUGUGCAUUAGUCUGCGUACCUUUGUGAUGCGAAAUUGUGCAGGUCCUACAAACUCCUUGAAGUAUGUGCCAUUGGUAACCGGUCUGGCUUCUGCUCGCAACCUGGAACACUUAGAGCUUGUGCGAGUUCCUUUUUUGGGGGGACUAAUUCAGCACGUGGUGGAGGACAGCUGGCGCUCUGGUGGAUUUCGGAAUCUGCACACUAUUGUUUUGGGAGCAUGUAAAAAUGCUCUGGAAGUUGAUCUUGGCUACCUCAUCAUCACUGCUGCUAGAAGGUUACAUGAAGUGCGCAUCCAACCUUCCCUGACCAAAGAUGGUGUUUUCUCAGCAUUAAAGAUGGCAGAGCUUGAAUUUCCGCAGUUUGAAACCUUGCAUCUCGGCUAUGUGGACGAGUUUUUGCUUCAGUGUAAGAUGACCAAUGCUGAUCUGAUGAAGUAUGGUCUAGCAGAUGUGGCUGAGAACCCUGGCAUCAUCACAGAUAUUGGAAUGAAAGCUGUGAACGAGGUCUUCUCUUGCAUUAAAUAUUUAGUCAUUUACAAUUGCCCACAUCUUCAUAAUCCAAAAAACUGGAUAACAGAUCACUCUCGUUGGAGUCGUCUGGUAGAUCUGAGUCUGGUGCGCUGCCAUGCUGUUAAGCUAGAGUCCUUUAGCCAGUUUGUGGAAUUGUUACCAAGCUUGGAGUUUAUUUCUCUCGACCAAAUGUUUCGUGAACCUCCAAAGGGCUGUGCUCGUGUGGGCCUUAGUGCUGGAACAGGCAUUGGAGUGUCCUCUGCCCUAGUAAGCAAUCAGAACUCCAACAAUGAAAAUGAGAACAACCACCAGAACAACAAUAACAACCUGCAGCACAAUAACAAUGCACAACAACCCAACCAACAACCAGCACAAGAGGAAGGGAAUGAGGAGGCUCAAGUCAGACCGGAGAACCCUGUAGAGGAAGAACAGAUUGCAGCAGAAGCACUUAAUGAAAUGGAAGAUAUGUUUCAAGAUGAAGUUAGACCCCCAGAGCAAGAAGUUCAAAAUGAGGCCCCCGUUCCCAGUUUGGCUAUUAUACCAAUGGAUGUGGAUGAAGAGAGAGCAGGACCUAGUGGGCUGCAACCGGCUGUAAAAGCUGCACCAAUAACAGUUCAUGAUUCUGACAGCGAGGAUGAGGAUGACCUUGCCAGUGGUCCCAGCACAAGUAACCCCCCCUUGAACUAUUCUGCUGAGGAAGAUAAAAACAGUAAAGAGGUGGAUCCUAAUGAUAGCACAGUUGUAAGUGGGAAAGGAAAAGCUCCCCUGCGGAAGAAGCCUCCUAAUUGUGGUACUAAGAUCCCGGUAGAGCAUACCAUUCCAAGUGAAGAGACAAGUUGUGAAAAGGGUUGUCAGGUAACCAGCGAGCAAAUAAAGGCUGAUAUGAAGGCUGCUACUGACCCAUCUGAGCGUAGCAAAAGCAAAGACAGUCCCGCCGAGAUGGGAAAUUCAAAUGCAGUUAUAAAUGCCUGUGAUCCUCCAUCCAAUAGCAUGGACAAUAAUCAAGCUUUGAAUGGCAGUCCCGAUGCCCGUGAAGAGAUUGAUCUGUGCACGUGUAAUAGGACAGAGAGCUCUCAGCCCAGUUCUGUUCAAGGGAAUGAAUCCGUAACACUAUGUUCCCACUGUUCAAACAGUGUUUCAAGGGAUCAACAACUGCAAGAUAGGACUUCUGGGAGCUGGGAAGGACAGCAACCAUCCACUAGUCAGUCUUCCCCAGCAGUUGGUUCAGAAAAUGCAUUCCUCACGCCUCAAGGUGGAAUGUACAGGACUAAUGCAGGAACAGAACCAAGCACAUCAUCUGCUUGCUAUAGAGAGAAUGAACAUAACUCACAGAGGCCCCUAACUCGGGCACGAACAAGGCUUUCUCAAGUGCCACUAAUGUCUGAUGGAGAAUCCAUGGCUUCAAAGAACAGAAAAGCUGUGAAGAGAAAAAGGACUGCAGAUAAAUCCACAAGCACAAGCGACCCAGUCAUUGAGGAUGAUCAUGUCCAGGUGUUGAACCUCAAAUCAAAGAAUCUUGUAGGUAUUACUCUGACAAAUUGCGGCAUUACGGACUUGAUACUUAAGGACUGUCCCAAAAUGAUGUUCAUUCAUGCUACCCGAUGUCGAGUUCUCAAACAUUUGAAAGUAGAGAAUGCUCCCAUUGUGAAUCGCUUUGAUUAUGCUCAGUGUAAGAAGCUGAAUAUGGAACAAGUGCUGGACCAAAUUCUUAGGAUGCCACCAGAGAGAAAUCGAAUAAUAUAUCUGCGCCCAAUGCAACAGGUAGACACAUUAACAUUGGAAAGGAAGAUGUUUAGUGGACCGUACCCAUAUCAUAUAUGUAUCAUACAUGAAUUUAGCAAUCCUCCUAACGUCAGAAAUAAAGUCCGUGUUCGGAGCUGGAUGGAUACUAUAGCGAACGUCAAUCAGGAACUUAUUAAGUAUGAAUUCUUUCCUGAAGCUACUCGGACUGAGGAGGAUGUUAAGAAAUAUACAAAGUACCCCUGGGGUCGAGAUAUUUACACUCUGGAAGGUGUUGUAGAUGGUGCCCCUUACUCUAUGAUCACAGAUUUCCCAUGGCUGCGCUCACUCAGGACAGCAGAACCAAACAGUUAUGCCAGAUAUGACUUUGAAGAUGACGAAAAAACUACCAUUUAUGCACCACGAAGGAAAGGGCAACUUUCAGCUGACAUUUGCAUGGAAACAAUUGGCGAGGAGAUAUCAGAACUGCGGCAGAUGAAAAGGGGUAUUUUUCAACGUGUCGUGGCUAUCUUUAUUCACUAUUGUGAUGUUAACGGAGAGCCUGUGGAAGAUGAUUACAUAUAGGAAGAGGACAUUUACCUGGCCCAAACAGUGCUUCUCACUGCUACAAUUAGCUGGUGUCUCAGAGGAAGAAGAAACUUUAUCAGCAAGCAGUGGACCAUGAGCUUAAUCAUUUGAUGCAAGGAAGACUGGUAGUUGCACAUUGAUUAACCAUUUGCUCAGAAUAAGACCAGCAAAAAUAAAGUAUACAUAGGCGGCAUAAUUGGAACCAGUGUACCCUGAAAAUGCUCCCUUUGACUUUAAGUCUUCCUAUUAUUUAUAAAACGACCCUAGUUUUAUUUUCAGUAAAACAGAAAUGCAGAAUCAUUGGGAAGACUGAAAUGCAAUUCAAGACUGCUGCUGUUCACCAUUUGUAGGUUAUUUUGCUUAGUGGAUACCAUCUUGUUGGUAAAUCUCAGUCGGUGUGCUUGUUGAUAUUUACAUUCUAUAAAAUGAAGAUAUUGAUUACUUUAAUAGCAGUCUGCUUUGCCACUAAAUCCAUCUGCUGACUAAGAACAUAGCAGAAACGUCUUGGUAAAAAAAGAAAAAAAGUUCACCAUGGACAUGACAACAAAAGUCAGGAAUGGGUUACUCCAGGAUUGUCAAUUAGGACAGCUUUAGGGGAAAUCGUAUAUAUUAAGCUAAAAGAAGGUUGUUAAGCAGGAUUUGUAAAUAUGUUAAAUAUUUAGCCAGACUUUAUUUGGUCUAACAUUAAAGUGUAAUUGUGAAUUAGCUGAUCGGGUCCAUUUGAAUCGGGUCAUACUUCCCAUUUUUGGUGGCCUUGACAAGAAAUAUUUUGCAAGAAUUGUCCACUUUCAAUAAAAAAAAAAAAAAAUUCAAGUUAAUCAGUGAUUUGUGAAUCUUACUUAGCUUUAGUGUUCUAUUGCCUUUUAAAACCACAUGUUUUGGGGGGCUAUAGCAGAAAUAAAUACAAAUUCUUGUAUUGCAGUGGCAACAACGUGGCUCCCUAGAACUACUGGUUACUUAGCUGUUUACAUAAAAACGAAGAUCAAAGACUUUGAAGGAUUUUUUUUUUAUUAUGGUUUAAAUCUUGGUUUUCUUUUUGCACUGAAUUAAGGCUGGAUUAGUUUAAAAGCCAAUUUAAGAUUUAAAGAAACAAUGUAUAUUGUUCAAUGUUUAUUUUUCUGCCUACAAUUUUUAUUUCUAUUUGCACAUGAAGUUUGUGAUAUGAUUGGUAGGUGCUUUUUUAACUACACCAUAUUCACCCUCCCAUUUGUUUGUGUGAAGUAAAUAUGCAAUGAAAUCCA